AUGCCGCGGUCCCGAUCUAGCAUGACGAGCGACGGCCACGAGCGGCUGGAGCCACGACUGCUGCGGGCAGCCGAGAGCAAUGACGUCGAGUCCCUGCGCAGAGUAAUCGCACUGGCGCGCGAAUAUGGCCAGUUCAGCGACAACUUCCUGCGCGUGGGAGUCAUGCGCAGCGCCGAGCGAGGCUGCGCGGCCGCGACCGAAUUCCUCCUCGAGCUCGGAGCCAGAACUGACGUCGCCAGCAACCGGCUCUCCCCGCUCCUCCGCGCCGUCGAGCGCGACCACUACCAGAUCGUGCGGUUGCUGCUGGACUAUCGGGCGUCGCCGGACAGUACGGAUAAGGAGGGGCGCACGGCGUUAAUGACGGCCGCGUGGAAGAACCAUGCGGAUAUCCUGCAGUUGCUGAUCCUGCGCGGUGCCAAUGUCAAUGCUAGGGACCAUCGCAAGCGCAAUGCGCUGCAUAACCUGGCUGCUGAUAAGGAGUGCCGCUGGGGCUGGGGCGAUGAGAUUGUUGGGUUGUUGUUGCGCACUGAGUGCCAGAUUGAUGGGCCCGAUGGUCAGGACGAGCUGGGUCGGACGCCGCUGCAUUGGGCCUGCGCGACUGGCAAUUGGCGUCUCGCUGAAUUGCUGCUCACUCGGUCCGAUGGGCCCACGGCCACCAUUGAUGCUACGGAGAUGCGAGGGAAGACUGCGCUGCAUAUCGCUACGGCCCAUGACCGUGACGAUAUUGUCUUGCUGUUGCUGCAGCAUGAAGCCGCGGUCAAUGCCUGCAGUGAUGGUGGCUGGACACCUCUUCACAACGCCUGCGACAAGGGCUGCGAGGCUAUUGUCCGGAUCUUGCUGCGCGCCGGCGCACAUAUCAACAGCCAGCUAUUGAACGGGGUCACGCCGCUGCAUCUCGCUGCCCAGGGCGGCCACCGCGAGGUGGUUGAGUGUCUUCUGGAGCGAACAGACCUCAAGCGCCGAGUGCGAGACAACUUUGGCAGCACCCCGUUUCUGCGCGCGGCGCAGUGCAAGCGCAAAGACAUAGUUCUGCUCUUGGCACCGUUUAACAAUGUUGAUUCUCUCUCGGAGGACGCCAAGGACGCCUGCGCGGCCUUUGAUGCCACAGUUGUCGAUUUCGGGAAUUUCCACAACGAGAAUCGCGUGAAGCGUAUGUCCGUGUUCAAUCUGCUCUACGGACGCGACCAGGAGAACCCCCGGAAGCAGGCUGUAACUACGGUCCCCGCUGACAGUCGUGCAACGGAUUUCCGGUGGAUUCACUUGCCGGCCAACAACAUGGCCUGGGUCGAGGCCUUGCUCACCAAGUCCUUCAUUGAAGAAGGUGCCCACGAUGUCGAUGGGUUUAAGGGUCUUGAGAAGUCAUUCAAUUACCAGCACCGUGGCCAGAGAACCCACUCGCAUUUUAUGCGGCCCCUGUGCCAGAAUACGCCGCGAACACUUCGUCGCCGAGAAGAAGAGCAUGCAGAACAGCCGCCCCCAGAUGCCGGGCAAUCCAAAAUAACAGAUCACAUUAAUACCCCAGCUAAUCGUAAACAAAAGGGAACCGGCGGGAAAGUCGAGCGGGUGGAUUCCCACUCCCACGACGAUGGUUCUGGUGCCGGUCAGGGAAAGAAGGGCAAAGGGAACCAGAAGCGCGGGAAAACAGGGAGUGCCUCCAGUACGCCUAAAUCUGAGACCAAGGGCAAGGCACCGUGGGGUCUGAGUGACAAGCAGAUGCGGACAUCUUCUCUUUCCACGUCGACUCUGUGCCAAGAACCGCACGGCAUCGUUUCUGCAUGCAAUGUCUGUGUCUAUAUGCCAUAUUUGCAUUUCGAGACCGCAGAGCGGAGACUAAGGAUGCAAGAAGCCAUCCAACGAGCCGAGACGCUCGAUUUCCAGCCGCCGGGUAUCAAAAGAUCCCGCACACGGGAUGAAAUGUUGAUCGAUGCCCACCUGUCGUCCUCAACCACCUCGCUGCAUGUUCGCCGCACACUCGACCAGUUCUUCUAUCCCAACAUCGACACCCAGAGUCGCGAUCAGGACCAGGUGGUAUACCGGUACCAGACCAAGGGGCCCGGGUGCGAGGGGCCGGAAACAGAACCCAAGAUUUUCAUGGUCGACCAGCUGUGGAUGUGGAUUUUGGGGUCGAAUCUAAUUGUCACCAGUUUUCCGCAACGGUGGGAGCAGCCCAAGAACGACCCGCUUAAUGUGCUGGAUGGCAUCAUCGAGGACAUCAACUCCAAGACCCGCGACCCCGUCAAGUCGGUGUACGACUUGGCCAACAUCAUCACCAGUCGGUGCUCGGGGGUUUUCGAUCGCCACCGUCUCGGAGACGAGGAGUAUCAGUUUCUGGAUAUGUUCGAGUCGUCCAUCGGCAUAGCCACGGACAAAGAGACGCUACUCUUCAACCGAUUCAACCAUGCCUCGGCGCAGGCGUCCGGCUGGCUCAAGAGCCACCGCAAGCUUAAUCGCUUUGCGCGACGCAGGCCCUCUCGCUCGAUGGCCGGCCGGGAGGGCACGCUAGAGGAGGACGCCCCGACGAACGAGGAAGAUUAUUCCUACGACGAUGGCCAGCCGCUGUUCGUCGACCGACUAUUGGAUAUUGGAAAGGAAACCGAUCUUCUCGCCGAGACCAAGGACAUCCGGGACGAGCUGAACAUGAUCCGCACGGUCCUGGAGCACCAGAGACACGUGUUGGCCGAUUUCCAGGAAGUAAUCUGCGAGAUCUGGCACGGACAGCACCGAUCGCAGUACGAGGUCAAGAAGCGGUUCAAGGACCAGCAGCGCACCAUUGACAUGCACCUCAAGGACAUCGACCGCAUGGACAAGCAAGCCGAGCGCAUCUACCACUCGAUCACAGACCUUCUCGACCUCAAACAGAAACACGCCAACGCUUUCGAAGCGCGCUUCGCCCGUGACCAAGCGGCCGGCACCAUGCGCCAGAGCAAAACCAUCAUGGUCUUCACGAUUGUGACGAUCGUGUUCAUGCCGCUGUCGUUCAUUACCUCGAUCUUCACCAUCAACAUGAAAGAGUUCGACGGCUUGACUCUGGCCUAUGUGGCUAAAUAUACCUUUGGCGUCGGCUUUGCCAUUACCAUCCCGCUGAUUCUGAUCGCACUCUCACUCGACGAUAUCGGUGAUUUCUUUCGCAUGGGCACGCUCCAGGGCCGCCGCUGGCUGUCUGGUCGGAAGAAGUCGUCGUUGUUACCGGCCCUGGAUCGACCGGAUGGUCAGCUGCAGGCGCUGGAGCGUGAAAAGAUGAUUAGUCUGGCGAGGACGCGCAGAAGCGCGGAGUUGGAGUACGGUGGUAGCUUGCUACCUGUGUCGACCCGUGGCACGGGGGCCUCAAGACGGGCUGAUGGCUAUGCGAAUGCGCUUCGGAGAAGCUAUGAUCGUAGUGUGGAAUACCGGACACGAUGA